GGUCUCAGUCCUGCGUGGCAGGGCGGGCAGGCGGCCUUGGGCUUUUCGAGCCUUUUCGUCAUGGCGGCGCCCUGCUUCCCCUUCUGGGUGCAGCCCGUCGUGGAGGCGCCCCGGUAGCCUCUUUGGGACCCAGCCUCUCUACGUCGCCACGGCUCUCCCUCCUCCCGGCUGCACUAGCGGCUCCCAGGAUUCGCCGGAAGUAAAACUUCGGAAGUGAGGCGGUGCCUCUGCCCGGAAGCGACCACGGCGCAGGGAAAGAUGGCGGUGGCGGCGGCGGUUAACGCGGUGCCUUGCGGGGCCCGGCCCGGCGGGCAUCCCAAGCCCAGGCCGCAGCCGCGCACGCUCCUUGCCGCCGGGCCGGCGCUCAUAGCAAGCGGCGAUGAGCUGGUGGCCGCCGUGUGGCCGUACCGACGGCUGGCUCUGCUACGGCGCCUCACGGUGCUGCCGUUCGCGGGGCUGCUCUACCCGGCCUGGCUGGGCGCCGCGGCCGCUGGCUGCUGGGGCUGGGACAGCAGCUGGGCGCAGGUCCCUGAGGCCGCGCUGCUGGUGCUCGCCACCAUCUGCCUCGUGCACGCUCUCACCGUCCUCUCCGGGCACUGGUCCGUGCACGCGCACUGCGCGCUCACCUGCACCCCGGAAUACGACUCCAGCAAAGCGACCUUUGUGAAGGUGGUGCCGACCCCCAACAACGGCUCCACUGAGCUCGUGGCCCUGCACCGCAAUGAGGGUGAGGACGGGCAGGAGGUGCUGUCCUUUGAAUUCCAGAAGAUCAAGUAUUCCUAUGAUGCUUUGGAGAAGAAGCGCUUCCUUCCUGUGGCCUUUCCUGUUGGAAAUGCCUUCUCGUUCUACCAGACCAACAGAGGGUUCCAGGAGGACUCGGAGAUCCGCAUGGCUGAGAAGAAGUUUGGGAGCAACAAGGCUGAGAUGGUGGUGCCCGACUUCUCAGAGCUGUUCAAGGAAAGAGCCACGGCGCCCUUCUUUGUGUUCCAGGUGUUCUGCGUGGGGCUCUGGUGUCUGGACGAGUACUGGUACUACAGCGUCUUCACACUGUCCAUGCUGGUGGCCUUCGAGGCCUCCCUGGUGCAGCAGCAGAUGCGGAACAUGUCAGAGAUCCGGAAGAUGGGCAACAAGCCCCACAUGAUCCAGGUCUACCGCAGCCGCAAGUGGAGGCCCGUCGCCAGCAGUGAGGUUGUCCCCGGGGACAUCGUCUCCAUCGGCCGCUCCCCACAGGAGAACCUUGUGCCAUGCGACGUGCUUCUGCUGCGGGGCCGCUGCAUCGUGGACGAGGCCAUGCUCACAGGGGAGUCAGUGCCGCAGAUGAAGGAGCCCAUUGAAGACCUCAGCCCUGACCGCGUACUGGACAUCCAGGCUGACUCCCGGCUUCACGUCAUCUUUGGGGGCACCAAGGUGGUGCAGCACAUUCCCCCCCAGAAGGCCACCACGGGCCUGAAGCCGGUCGACAACGGGUGUGUGGCCUACGUCCUCAGGACCGGGUUCAACACGUCCCAGGGCAAGCUGCUGCGCACCAUUCUCUUUGGGGUCAAGAGAGUGACCGCAAACAACCUGGAGACCUUCAUCUUCAUCCUCUUCCUCCUGGUUUUUGCCGUUGCCGCAGCUGCCUAUGUGUGGAUCGAAGGCACCAAGGACCCCAGUCGGAACCGCUACAAGCUGUUUCUGGAAUGCACGCUGAUCCUCACCUCGGUUGUGCCUCCGGAGCUGCCCAUCGAGCUGUCGCUGGCCGUCAACACCUCCCUCAUUGCCCUCGCCAAGCUCUACAUGUACUGCACGGAGCCUUUCCGGAUCCCCUUUGCUGGCAAGGUGGAGGUGUGCUGCUUUGACAAGACGGGGACCUUAACCAGCGACAGCCUAGUGGUGCGCGGAGUGGCCGGGCUCAAAGAUGGAAAGGACGUGACUCCUGUGUCCAACAUCCCCGUAGAAACACACCGGGCCCUGGCCUCAUGCCACUCACUCAUGCAGCUGGAUGAUGGCACCCUUGUGGGUGACCCGCUCGAGAAGGCCAUGCUGACAGCUGUGGACUGGACGCUGACCAAAGAUGAGAAAGUAUUCCCCCGAAGUAUUAAAACUCAGGGGCUGAAAAUUCACCAGCGCUUUCAUUUUGCCAGUGCCCUAAAGCGAAUGUCCGUGCUCGCCUCCUAUGAGAAGCUCGGCUCCACCGACCUCUGCUACAUGGCAGCCGUGAAGGGGGCCCCUGAAACGCUGCACUCCAUGUUCUCCCAGUGCCCACCUGACUACCACCACAUCCACACGGAGAUUUCCCGGGAAGGAGCCCGUGUGCUGGCGCUGGGGUACAAGGAGCUGGGGCACCUCACCCACCAGCAGGCCCGGGAGGUCAAGCGGGAGGCCCUGGAGUGCAAUCUCAAGUUUGUGGGCUUCAUCGUAGUCUCCUGCCCGCUCAAGGCCGACUCCAAGGCUGUGAUCCGCGAGAUCCAGAACGCAUCCCAUCGGGUGGUCAUGAUCACAGGUGACAACCCUCUCACUGCCUGUCAUGUGGCCCAGGAGCUGCAUUUCAUUGAGAAGGCGCACACGCUGAUCCUGCAGCCUCCCACGGAGAAAGGUGGGCCCUGUGAGUGGCGCUCCAUCAAUGGCAGUGUCACACUGCCCCUGGCCCGAGGCUCCCUGAAGGCACUGGCCCUGGAGCAUGCGCUCUGCCUCACGGGUGACGGCCUGGCCCACCUGCAGGCUGAGGACCCCCAGCAGCUGCUUUGCCUUAUCCCCCACGUGCAGGUGUUUGCCCGCGUGGCCCCCAAACAGAAGGAGUUUGUCAUCACCAGCUUGAAGGAGCUGGGCUACGUGACCCUCAUGUGUGGGGAUGGCACCAAUGAUGUGGGCGCCCUGAAGCAUGCUGAUGUGGGUGUCGCGCUCCUAGCCAAUGCGCCUGAGCGGGUGGUUGAGCGGAGGCGGCGGCCCCGGGACAGUCCCAUCCUGAGCAGCAGCGGAGUCAGGGCCACCUCCAGGGCGGCCAAGCAGAGGUCGGGGCUCCCGCCCCCCGAGGAGCAGCUAGCCUCACAGCGGGAUCGCCUGAGCCAGGUGCUACGGGACCUCGAGGACGAGAACACACCUAUCGUGAAGCUGGGAGAUGCCAGCAUCGCAGCACCCUUCACCUCCAAGCUCUCAUCCAUCCAGUGCAUCUGCCACGUGAUCAAGCAGGGCCGAUGUACAUUGGUGACGACACUGCAGAUGUUCAAGAUCCUGGCGCUCAAUGCCCUCAUCCUGGCCUACAGCCAGAGUGUCCUCUACCUGGAGGGCGUCAAGUUCAGUGACUUCCAGGCCACACUUCAGGGGCUGCUGCUGGCCGGCUGCUUCCUCUUCAUCUCCCGCUCCAAGCCCCUCAAGACCCUCUCCCGGGAGCGGCCCCUGCCUAAUAUCUUCAACGCCUACACUGUCCUCACGGUUGUGCUCCAGUUCUGCGUUCAUUUCCUGAGUCUUGUCUACCUGUAUGGCGAGGCCCAGGCCCGGAGCCCUGAGAAACAGGAGCAGUUUGUGGACCUGUACAAGGAGUUUGAGCCGAGCUUGGUCAACAGCACCGUGUACAUAAUGGCCAUGGCCAUGCAGAUGGCCACCUUUGCCAUCAACUAUAAGGGCCCGCCCUUCAUGGAGAGCUUGCCAGAGAACAGACCCCUGGUGUGGAGCCUGGCCGUGUCACUCCUGGCCAUUGUAGGCCUGCUCCUGGGCUCCUCGCCUGACUUCAACAGCCAGUUUGGCCUUGUGGACAUCCCUUUGGAGUUCAAGCUGAUCAUCGCUCAGGUCCUGCUCCUGGACUUCUGCCUGGCGCUCCUGGCUGACCGUGUCCUUCAGUUCUUCCUGGGGACCCCGAAGCUGAAAGUGCCUUCCUGAGGCAGCGGUGCCGGCACCUGCUACCCACUCUGUUGCCACUGGGCAGGAGCCCCCACCAUGAGGCUGGCCCAGCCUUCCCCACAAGACUGAGCUGGGGCCCCCACAUGGCUGUUGGCCUGGCUGGUAGAACCAGCCCCAGGCCAGCACCUUUGGUAAAUAAAGCAGCAUCCAGGAUUUUAAGAAA